GGAAGGGGGGACUUGAGUAGCAAGAGAGCCACGAAAUUUCAAUAUGGGAAGAAAAGGGUAGAUAGGGAUACGUGUUUGAGUAAGAGAUUCAAAGCUCAAUAUCCCUCAUAUGCCUCAUCCAAACACCUCAAAAAAAUGAGGUCCAUUGAAGUUAUCUCAUCCAUUUGGGUUCUCUCAUUUCAUUUCUGCCUCUAACUAGUCUAAAUUCUAUGUUGUUUUUACAAGUCAAUCAAUACUACCGGCCACCACCUUCCAAAAUUUUGUAUGGACCCGUCUCUCCCUCACAGUUGUAUCCAUAUCCAGUUCCAGUUUGGUCCCAUUCUGCCCCUUUUGGUCUCGUUCUCUUCCUUUUGGAUUCCUCCAUUUAGAAAAAAACAUUCAGCAUCCUCUUGUUCAUUCUUCUUCUCCAUUAACACAAAUUGUAGAACGAGCGCUGGCUGCAUAAUCUUAGGAGGAGAAGAGUUGCAGGUAGGCUGUUGGGCUGGGCACUCCACUUCACUUGUCUGGGCCGAGCGACAUAAGCAAUCAAAUUGAGAAAUUCAAACAAUGCCUGGAAAUUUCGGGAUGUUAUGUUGCUGCAAAGGAAACGUCACGAAGGAAGAAAUGGCCGACGAUUCAUACCAGGCAGCCAUUGAUGGUUUGACCACUCUUCUCAGUGAGAAAGCUGGCCUCGGGAGCGUCGCCGCCGCAAAAAUCAAGCAGUUAACGGCUGAGCUGGAGGCCGCCAGCUCCACCGGUUUCGACCCCGUCGAGAGGCUCAAAACUGGGUUCCAAACCUUCAAGACUGAGAAAUAUGAGAAGAACCCUGAUCUUUUUGAGUCACUAAAGAAAGGACAAUGGCCGAAGUUUAUGGUAUUCGCGUGCUCAGAUUCGAGGGUGUGUCCAUCGCAAAUCCUGGAUUUCCAACCAGGGGAAGCUUUCAUGGUUCGCAACAUUGCCAAUAUGGUCCCGCCAUAUGACCUGACCAAGUACUCUGGCGUAGGGGCGGCCAUUGAAUAUGCGGUGCUGCAUUUGAAGGUGGAGAAUAUUGUAGUCAUUGGACACAGCCGCUGUGGAGGGAUCAAGGGGCUUAUGAGUCUCCCUGAUGACGGCUCCACUUCAAGGCAAGUCUGUUUUAAUAAUAAAUACUGCAGUGACUUCAUUGAGCAAUGGGUAAAAAUCUGUUCCAACGCGAGGUCUAAGGUGAAAACGGACUGCAGCGACAUGAGUUUCGAUGAGCAGUGCUUCCACUGUGAGAAGGCAAGUUACAAAUUACACGAGGCUGUGAAUAUAUCACUUGGAAACUUACUGACAUAUCCUUUCGUCAGAGAGGCCGUGGUCAAGAAAACUCUGGCGCUCAAAGGUGGACACUACGAUUUCGUCGAUGGAUGUUUCACGCUAUGGGACCUUGACUUCAAAAUCUCCCCUACCAUCUCUGUCUGAAGCCCCUUCCAUUUCCUGCAAAAACUUGGUUGUUGUUCCCUUACAUUCCAGUAAUGUUUAGUUGUAAAUGUGCUGAAGAAUAACCUCAGGACAAUGUCAAGGUCCAAACUUCCAAACAGUGACUGCAUGCCUUGCUUUGCUCUGUGUUUCUGCUGAAGAAUAAGUGAGUUUUCUUUUUUGGUUCCAUACAUAUCUUUAAUCUAAGCUUUCAAUCAGUGACUGCACUGCAUGCUUUGCUCAUUCUGUCCAU